GCACAUGAAAAAUAAAGAAAACAGUGCGAAAGGUGCGCCCACGCAGGAGCCAUCAAUGGCACAUAGAUUACAAAAGCAGUGAUAGAACACUGACAGUAGCUCAAAGACAGCUAUCCACCAACUCACAAAAAACAAACAUAAAUAGAGAGGAAAGAGGAGUAGAAAAAGGAAGAAGACAAGACCAGGAGCAGGGGUCCGGGAACGCCAAUACCGAACAACAUGCAAGAGACAGGAAGCAAGAAAAAAAAUAUUCUGAACCAAUGGACUGCAGACAUAGUACAGGAGAUGACCAGAGACUGCAGACAUAGUACAAGAGAUGACCAGAGACUGCAGACAGUACAGGAGAUGACCAGAGACUGCGGACACAGUACAGGAGAUGACCAGAGACUGCUGACAGUACAGGAGAUGACCAGAGACUGCGGACACAGUACAGGGGAUGACCAGAGACUGCGGACACAGUACAGGGGAUGACCAGAGACUGCGGACACAGUACAGGGGAUGACCAGAGACUGCGGACACAGUACAGGAGAUGACCAGAGACUGCGGACACCGUACAGGAGAUGACCAGAGACUGCAGACAUUGUACAGGAGAUGACCAGAG